AUGGCGUCAUCUACCGCAUCCAUGUCGCUCCCCGACAUCAUCGUCGUCAAGAAGCUCGAGGUUCGCAUGAUCGUCGGCGUCGACAACUGGGAGCGCGUCCAGGCACAGCCCGUCACCAUCGAUGCGCGCGUCCACACCGACGUCUCGAUGGCCGGCAAGUCGGACCACCUGCCCCACAGCAUCCACUACGGCAUCCUCGUCAAGCAGCUCGAGGCUCACUGCGCCGCGCAUCGCUACCGCAGCCUCGAGGCGCUCGCAGAGGGUCUCGCCAAGGUCUGCCUCUUUGUGCUCCAUGCACCCAAGGUGACGCUCAACGUCGAAAAGCCGCGCUCUCUCUUACAUGCCGCUUCGGCCGGAGUGCAGAUUGCGCGCACUCGUGACGAUUACAUGCUCGCUGAUGCCAGCCCUGUCCCUGCCGACCUCGAUGCUGCUGCCCACAACCUCGACGAGCUCCGACUCGUGCCGUCGUCCACACUCGCUCUCGAGGACAAGGUGAUCGUGCGCGACCUCAUCAUCAACACCAUCAUCGGCGUCAAUCCGUGGGAGAGAGAGGACAAGCAGAACGUCAAGCUCAACCUCGUCAUCUACUCGGGCCUCUCGCGCGCAAAGGAGUCGCUCAACUCCACCGUCGGCGUCGUCGACGUGGUGAAUCGCCAGCACAACUACCGCACCAUCGUGCGCAGCAUCUCCGCCUACGUCGAGGCAAGCUCGUACAAGACCGUCGAGAGCCUCGCCACCUCGAUAGCCCGCGUCGCCGUGCUCCAGAACAAGGUCGAAAAGAUCCGCGUCAGCGUCGACAAGCCCAGCGCCAUCAUGUUUGCCAGCAGCGCCGGAGUCGAAGUGGAGCGCACGCGCGCCUUUUUCGAGCAAGAGGCUGCGCUCGAAGAGCAGCGCAUCCGCGCACACACUCGUCCCGACGCCGCUCAAGUGGCUGCUCCCACCGCUUCGCCAUCUUCCGCAUCCAUCCAUACCCAGAUCGCUUCGGCGCUCAACGGCACGUCGCCGCGUGCCGCGUCCAUGUCCGCGCUCGACUCGGAAUCGGGCUGGCACGUCGCCGCCAUCGCGCUCGGCUCCAACGUCGGCGAUCGCGCGGCGAACAUCGAGGCGGCGGUGCAGGCGCUCAGCGAGGCUGCCGACUGCAAGCUCGUCGACACGAGCUUCCUCUACGAGACGGCGCCCAUGUACGUGCUGGAUCAGCCCAAGUUCCUCAACGCCGCGUGCCGCAUCGCCACCAAGCUCAGUCCACACGAGCUGCUCGCGCUCACCCAGGCCAUCGAAGUCAAGCUCGGACGCGACAAGACGGGCGUGCCGGACAAGGGCCCGCGCGCGGUGGACCUCGACAUUCUGCUGUAUGACCAUCUCGAGAUCGACGAUGCGCCGCGGCUGGUGGUGCCGCAUCCGGGCAUCAAGGAGCGCGAAUUCGUGCUCGAGCCGCUCAAGGACAUCCUGCCGGACUUUGAGCAUCCGACGUACUCGCGCACCAUGUCGCAGCUGCUCGUCAUGCUUCAAAAGUCGCCCGACUACGUGCCCAGUGGAAUCCGCAAGGUGCUGCCCAUCCCAUCGCCCAGCACGCGCGCAGCCCAGCCAGCCACAGACACCAAGACGUGGACGUGGGGAUCCAAGACGUUUGUCAUGGGCAUCAUCAAUGCCACGCCCGACUCGUUCUCGGACGGCGGCGACAAUCUGGUCGCCGAAAAUGCGGUCCGGUCGGCGGUCAAGAUGGUCGAGCAGGGCGCGGAUGUGCUGGAUGUGGGCGGGAUGAGCACCGCACCGAAUGCGGUCGAGGUGGAUGCGGCCGAGGAGACGGCGCGCGUGGUGUCGGUGAUUCGAGCCAUGCGCACUGCGGGCCUCAACGUGCCCAUCUCUGUCGACACGUUCCGCGCUUCGGUCGCCGAGGCCGCCCUCGCGGCUGGAGCGGACAUGAUCAACGAUGUGUCGGGCGGCGAGCGCGACCCGUUGAUGCUCGAGGUCGCUCGGCGCGCACGAUGCCCGUACAUCCUGAUGCACAUGCGCGGCGACAGCAAGAGCAUGAAUGGCCUCACCUCCUACGAGGGUGGCGACGUCGUUGCCGGGGUGCGUGCCGAGCUCGAGGUGCGACUCGACCGUGCACUGCGAGCCGGCGUUCGUCGAUGGAACAUUGUGCUCGACCCGGGCAUCGGCUUUGCCAAGGACAGUGCGGGCAACUUGACGCUGCUGCGCGAUCUGGCUCGUUUGACGCAACCCGAAGCAGUGGCCCAGUCGAACAAGGGCAGGGGAAAUGCCUACUCUGGUGCAGCGACUCCGGCGCGCGACGCACCCGUUGGCUCGCCAGAGUUGAGCCAGAGACCGUGCUGCUCGCUUGUGUCGUUCCCCAUGCUCAUCGGCGUGUCGCGCAAGAAGUUCCUCGGCCACAUUACGGGCAAGCAGGAUCCCAAACAGCGCGUCUACGCCACUGCUGCUGCAUGCACUGCUGCCAUCGCUGCCGGUGCCGACGUGCUGAGAGUCCACGACGUCGAACAGAUCCGUGACGUCGCAGUCACUUCCGAUGCCAUCUAUCGCUCCUAA